CUGUGUAGUGUAGUAGGAGAGAUCGAGACCAUUCGGAAUACGAGGGUUUGUUUUGACUGCCUUUUCAAAACAUACUAUACACUGCACUAGCGUCGGUAAAUGCAAGCGGAUUCCAUGUGCAUUUUGGUGGCGCCUUUGGUGGUUGCAAUGGAUGUGUAUUGCUGUUGACAAUUCGAGGGAUUCAUCGGUCAGACACGACAGGAAGAUAAUUAUGUGAAACAACCAUUGACAUAUCUCAUGUGGUUUAAAAGAGAGACCUGGAUACCCAGACACCAGAUUGGACACUGAACGAACGAACGGUGCUAGCAAGGCCAUAGGAAAUACGUUCAAACUCCAGAUAUUGAAGACCUCGCGCCACACUGACAGUGACAGUAUUCUGACCUGCCAUGGAUCCUAACCCAGACUACCCCCUCGUUCCCUAUGAACAUCCGUCAUGGACUUCAACAAUUAAACAGGAUAUGAUCCCGAAAUACAGACUUAAGCUUGGAGUUUUACACACACCCAUCCAGCGUUGGCGCUUGCCCGACAUACCGGAUGACUUUGAAGUGUUCGUUAAACGUGAUGACAUGACAGGAAGUGUUCUAACAGGCAACAAGGUUCGCAAGCUUGAGUUUCUAAUGGCUGAUUGCGUGCAUAAAGGCUGCCAGGCCAUCAUAGCAUGCGGAGGAAUCUUUUCAAAUUCUUGUAGAGCAGCAGCCAUAGCAGCAAGACAGAUGGGUUUCGACAGCCAUCUACUCCUAUGGUCAAAAGGAACGGAGAUGCCUUUCACGGGGAAUGCACUUCUCGAUAGGUUGGUUGGGUGUAACUUUUACUUGAUGCCGAAAGAUUGCCCAUUCCAGACAGAUGUUUAUCCCCGUAUGCAUCAGCUCCAUGAUCAUAUCUUUAAAACAUCAGGGAAGAAAGCUUAUGAGAUUCCUUUUGGUGGGACCAAUGAAAUAGGAGUGUGGGGUUACAUCGACUGUUUUCAUGAACUCAUGGGUGAGGGACUAUUUGAAUCCGGUUUCACUGAUAUCGUGAUAGCUGGCGGAAGUGGAGGGUCUGUAAUUGGUCUAGGUAUAGCAAACUACCUGACUGGAAGUAAAUUAAAAAUUCAUGGGAUGGCUGCGUGUCUUGAUAAAGAAUAUUUCCACAACGAAGGCGAUAAGAUUCUCAGGGCACUCGGUCUGCAGGAGGAGGGUGGUUCAGGUGUUAAAACGAAAGACAUUGUCCAGUUUGCUGAAGUCGUGGGCAUUGGAUAUGGCAUCAACACGCCAGAGGAAAUGGAAUGUAUAGAGAAGAUCGCCACAACGACUGGUAUAUUCGUUGACCCAGUUUAUUCAUCAAAGGCUGCUUACCAUCUUAUCAAGAUGAUGAAUGAGAGUCAAGAUUCACUAAAAGGAAAGAAAAUACUCUUCAUCCAUACAGGUGGCGUAUUUGAUCUUUUCAGCGGCGUCUUUGCUUCCAGGAUGAAUGCAAAAUCUUCAGCUCAAAACAGGGUACACGAUUGGAUGGAACUCACCGACAAAGUACCAACCUGUCAAUGAAUCAAUGGUGACAUAGGCUUUAGAAGAUAUCUCACAAGAAAAAAGUUCUCAUCUACGUUAUAAACCAAUGAAUGUAGACGGCGUGAGUACAAUGGCGCAGAGCACUUUGUUGCUGCCCUCUAAAUUCGUUGGUAAAAACUUUAUAUUUUGAUUGAAAAACUUACUGAACGUUGAUAUCAUCAUGUAGGUCCAUGAUAUCAUUAAUUCAUGCUCUACCCUUGUCAUUUUGUCUUCCAUGAAAAUAACUAACCGGCAAUAAAAAUAUGAAAAUGGGCAAUAUAUUUUCCAUUUUAGGAGAGUUUAAGAUUAUCAAAGUGAAUAUCCCUCUUUUAUUAGUUCAUGGAAUUUACCGCCAAAUUUGAAAUUGUAGAAACAAAUUGAAUUAAAAAAAAUCAAGAAGAAUAAAUGAUUUUUAAUGAAGAUUAAAUGAUUUAAAAGAGGAGGCGCGAAAGCUCAGUCGGUAGCGGGGGGAUUCGUAUUCUGGUGACCCGGGUUCGAUUCCCACUUGGUGCGCUAGUGCCCUUUGGUAAGGCAUUAAUCCUCAGUACAAAGUCCUUCGGAGGGGACCUUAAUCCGUCGGUCCUCUGGUUGCUUGCUUACAAGCAUUCAUGCUUUCUAAGCAAUCAGGUAAAAAUCACCAAUCACCACAUUAUAGAAAGCACUUGCAAAACUAAAUACGGAUGAGGGAAGGGGAUGAAAAAGAAGUGAAAGGGAGGGGGUCGAGGAAAAAACAUCUGAUAUGCCUAAUUGAUCAAUUCAGAAGACAUUAUUUCUACGAUAUUGGUGUUUGAUUUUGAUUUUCUUUU